UCUGACUGUAAGUGUCUGACUGUCCCUGGUGACCAAGUGGCUGUAGCCUGGUGUCCGACCGUGGCUGUCCCUGUGGAGCUGGGUUUGAUUGUACCUGGCUGUGUGGCGAGCUGCCAAAGAGGACGUGACUUGGUGAUGGAGGCUUUGCUGGAGAGAAUGCAAAAACAAGGGCAUGGAGGAGGGUUCUUGACGUCCUGCGAGGCAGAGCUGCAGGAGCUGAUGAAGCAGAUCGAUAUCAUGGUGGCUCAUAAGAAGUCUGAAUGGGAAGGGCAGACCCAGGCUCUGGAGACCUGCUUGGAGAUCCGAGAUCACGAGCUUUCCUCUGUCAAGACUCUGUUGGCUGAGAAACACAAGGAGGUCGGUAGGUUGCGCCAGCAGUUAGAACACACGGAGCAAGACAAACAAGGCAUGUCUGUAGAGUAUGAACAGCAGCUGAAGAAGUUUCAAGAAGAGCUAGGCAGGCUGAAGAGAAGCUAUGAGAAGCUGCAGAAGAAACAACUGAAAGAAGCUAGGGAGGGUCCCAAGUGCCAAGGGGAUGACCGGUCCGAAGUGAGCAGAUUGACUAAGAAGAUAGAGGAGUUCCGUCAGAAAUCUCUAGACUGGGAGAAGCAGCGGUUGCUUUACCAGCAGCAGGUGGCGUCACUGGAGGCCCAGAGGAAGGCUUUGGCUGAGCAGUCUGAGCUCAUUCAGACUCAGCUCACCAAUCGGAAGCAGGUGCUGGAAUCUGUGCAACUGGCCAGCCAAUCGGAAAUCCAGCAUUUAACCAGCAAGCUGGAGCGAGCCAAUGAUACCAUCUGUGCCAAUGAGCUGGAGGUGGAGAGGCUUAACAUGAGAGUGGAUGACUUGACUGGAGCCAGUCAGAAGAUUCUGGAGGAUCACCAAAGAGUCCAAGAAGAGCUGGGGCAUUCUAAGAAAAUGCUUGAGGUAUUACAGGAGGAGAAGUUGGAGCUGAGAGUCACUCUGCAGUCCCAGGAGGAUUUCAUUAAGAGCUCAAAGAUGCAUCAGGAGCAGUUACAGAAGGAGCUGGCCAGCAUAACUGAAACCCUGCACAGCAAGGAGCUCCUUAUCAGGUCACUGGAAGAACACCUGCGUGAGAAACAGCUGUCACAAGAGUUCCCAGAGCUGGAGCACGUUCUCCUGCAGUUGGAUCUUGCACAGAAGAAUGAAAAGAACCUACAGUCAGAGGUGGCUCGUCUUGAGGGCAGCCUAGGAGCCAUAAAUGCCAGGUGUAUACAGCUGAGCAAGGAGCUGAUGGAGAAGUGCAAAGAGCUGCGGGUGAUGGAAGAACACCACUGCCAGGCCAAGGCUGAGAUUAAAAAGCUGAAGGAGCAGCUGUCUCAGGCUGAACAAACUCAUAACAGUGAGCUAGAAGGGAUGAAAAAGGAGAUCUCCCAGCUGACGCAGGCACUCCACCAGCGUGACAUUGCUAUCGCCUCGGCCAGCGGGUCCACUUCUGACAUGGAGCAACGAAUGAGAAUGGAGAUUGAAAGAAUAGAGAGGAAAGCUGUGGAGCACAGGGUGAUUCUGGUUCAGUUGGAAACCCUGAGGCUGGAGAACCGUCACCUCUCUGAGAUGUUGCAGAAGGUGGAGUCUAGUGUGUUGGGGGUAUGGAAUUGCCCCCUGCCUACAGCUCCGAUUGGCUCAAUAGCAGCAAGGUUUUUGGAGGAGGAAGAAGUGAGAUCUCAGCAUAUCCUGGAACGCUUAGAUGCUCACAUUGAGGAACUGAAAAGGGAGAGUGAAAGGACAGUGAAACAGUUCACACGCCAGAAGUAA